AUGGUCCAUCACAGCCGACUCCUCCAAUCGGUAUCAUCACUGAUAUUGUUGCUAGUCUUCUCGACAGUAGGAGUCAAUUCAUUUUUUCUGCCAUCCAAAUCUGCACAUUAUGGAUCGUCAUCAUCAUCCUCCUCACUGACAGUCCAAUCAUCAUCUACGACCAUCAAUCAUCAUCAUCAUCAUCAUCAUCAUCAUCAUCAUGGGGCCGAUCCUUCAAGCAGAGACAACGACGAUAGCAAGCUAGAAUUAUCAGCUUCUACUACUAGAAGGCAAUUUUGGACCACUACUAUUGCAUCAGCUGCUGGUAUUGUCCUUGGCACCACAGGAGCUGCUACUACUACUACUCCUGCGAAUGCCUUUGAUCGCACCGAUUCCAAAUUCUCUUACCGGAUUCAAAUUCCCGACUCGAUGAAGGAGGGUUCCAAACCCGUCAAGACGCACCAAGACGAAGUCAAUUUUGGAAAUUCGGAGAUUCGAGGAUAUCAAUAUGGCAUCACGGUGGAUCCAGUCCGCAUCAACAGUCUCAAGGAGUUUGGAACCCCCGAAGAGGUGGCAGCCAGAGUCGUUACGGCCGAAGUCAAUCGAGAUGGCGUCUUUGAAGUUACUUUGCUAAAAGACCCAGAAGUGUCCAAUGACGAUGGUGGUUACUUGUUGGAAUAUUUGAGUUCCGGCAAACGAGGGAACAAACAUUACAUCAACAAGAUCUUUAUUGACAAGAAUGAACUUUACGUGUUGACGGCCCAAUGCAAACAAGAGAAUUUUGAGCAAUUGGAACAGGAACUAAAGGCGACUGUCAAAUCGUUUAAAGUAUAA